GUCAUAACAUUGGCGAUUGAAAAGAAAAUAUUUGAAAUAGUUUUUUGAUAUGCCACAAAAUGACUAAAGUAUUUUCGAUUAAUAAUAUUCCUGAGUUUUCUCAAAAAGAGCGUAUUGUAGUUGUUGGCAUAAUUGGAAAAUCACCUUACCGGUACCCCAACAAAACUACUCCGCUAAUACCGACUGUACAAUGUGAAGAAAAUGGUAUAGAAUGUCACUGGGAUGAAAGAAAAAGCAUUCUCUAUCUUCAUGCAGUCACAUAUUUGGAUACCAAGCGACUAAUUACAUUAGCUGACAAACUAGAUGAGAAUUCAUAUAGUACAGUAAAAGAUGCAGAUGCAGCAGACUGGUUGGUUGCAUCAGGAGAGUUGGCGAUAGAAUCAUGCAAAGCUUUAGCGCUGAUCUUCCAUCUCUGUCACAUAGUAGUGUUGUCAUCGCCAACAGCAGUAUUUGAUCUCGGCUACCUGCAGUUGUUUAAAGCCAUUGAUGCAUACAGAGUAGAACUUGCAACCCAAACUGCAGAGGUAUUGCAAUCUUCAGAUGCGGGAGGUGCUUGGGAGACACAUGGCCGUCCUUGUUGUCCUCGGCUACUCUUCCAUUUCCGUCGUGCCCCUACACCGUUAAGGAAAGCACCAGCUGCACUUAAGAGACUAGAGCACGCUGUGGAAGACCAGAUCUACUUUAUUUUGCGAAAAGCAAGGAUUAUCACUAAUGUUUGUGCUAAAUCAUUAUUCGCUAUCCCUAAAAAUGAAGAGUUUGUACACAUAAGUGCCGACAGCGAUAGGGACUCAGCCCGCGACGUCAGCUCUCUCAUCCGCGGGCUCGUGCAGUUGUGCGCUGGGACGGAGUCCGAGGGACCACCGCAGAGGAGCUCCUUCAGGCAAUUUUUGCAAAGCCACUUGGACUUGGCUUUCGGUGAGGGCUUCGAUGAUAAUGUCGGCAAGUAUGCCAUGAGCACAUCAUUCUUUGAGCUGCCGAGCGCGGCGUCGUGGCGCGCGGCGGCGCGGGCGCUGUGGCCGCAGUACGCGCGCGCGCCGCCCGCCGACGAGCCCGGCGCGCUGUUCGACGCGCUCGCCACGGACGUGCGGUUCUCGCAGGCGAGGUGCGCUAAGGUGUUGCCAAUCGCACAAGCGUCGUACGCCGAGGGCCUCCCGCCUCACUACUCUAGUCAACAUCACGCUCACAAGGUGGGCGUGGCGCUGGGCGUGGUGCAGGCGAUGGCGCGCGGGCCGCUGGCGGGCGGCGCGCGGGCGCGGCUGCGCGCGGCGUGCGGCGCCGUGUGGCGCGCGCGCCGCCUGUGCGAGGCGCCGUCGCUCACCGCGCACCCCUGCAUACACCCGCAGCACGACAGCUCGAAGGAGCACUCGUCGGGCGUGCGGUACGUGAGCGCGUGCAACUGCGGCCGCAGCAAGUGCUCGCGGGACGACCCGUACACCGUGAAGAAGGCCAACUACACCUUCUACUCGUACGCCGCCGACGAGUGCGGCGUCUGCAACACGCUGCAGACCAUCGACUUCCCCGUCUUCCAGCCUUCCACCCCGAGCUUUAGGGCCGCAUCCGUGAAGGGCGAGCCGGAGGAAGCGGCGGAGUACUCGGAGAGCAGAGAGGUGGUGGACGAGGAGUCGGCGGGGCUGACGUCGCCGCAGUCGGCGCGCGGCUCGUGGACGGCGCCCGACGAGCUGUCGCCGGGCUCGGAGCGCGACGACGACGACGACGAGUCGCCCGCCUGCGUCGACGGGCUGCACGUCGUCACCGUGCAAGGCGACAGCGCGCCCGAAAAAGUGAUUAGCCGUCAGCCGUCCACGACGGAAUACCUGCCGGGCAUGCUGCACACCGGCAGCCCGGCCGCGCUGCUGCCCGCCUUCCCCAGCUGGGCGCUCGUGUGUCUGGGCGCGUCCUCGCUAUACUCGCACAACGCCGGCCUGCCCGAGCACCUGCAGCCCGGCUUCCUGCCGCACACCAACUACCUGCUGCCCUGGGACUGCGCCGUGCGCCUCGACGCCUGGCGCCCCCCGCGCCCGCGCCGCCCCCCGCACGCGCACCCCCCGCACGCGCAGCACACGGCGCCGCCGCUCACCGUAAAGAUCUUCAUCGGCUUCGAGUACGAGUGCCCGAGGGGACACAGAUUCAUGAUGUCGUCCCCGGACACGGUGGUGAACGGCGGAGGGGGCGCGUGGGGUCGCGAGGCGAGCCAGGCGGGCGCCCGGCUGGCCAACAGCACCAUGCCGCUGUACGCCUCCUGCCUGUGUCGCGCGCACGUGGUGGCACAACUCAUGAGGCUGCACGUCGUCACGCCGAAGGCGCCCGUGCACGUCACGCUGGACCCCAAGGUGCAGCCGGCGGCGGGCGGGCCGGUGUUCGUGCCGGCGGCGGGCGCGGCGGCGGCGCGGCUGAGCGCGUCGGCGUACUGGGUGCUGCGCCUGCCGUACGUGUACGCGGACGAGCGCGGGCCGGCGCCGCGCCCGCGCGUCCCCGCGCACGCGCCCGGCGCGCUGCUGGCGCCGCUGUUCGGCCUGCAGGAGGCUAAGGAAGCAAUUUGAAAGCAGCUCAAAAAUAAUCUUCGUUGGAUUUAAGAUAUCAACAAUGAUAAUAAUUAUGAAGACCUUGUCAAUAUAUUAUUUAAUAAGACAUUAACUAACGUUAUACUACUUGUUUUAAGUUUUGUUAAAUAAAUAUAUAUAAAAAAAAACACUUAAUUUACAUGAAA